CUGCCUCACUGAAGUCUGAGCCUGAUGUGAUCAGUGAGCUGCCGAGGUCCGGACCGGAGACGCGCACUGGGACGUUUGGCUCUCAACCCUCGGGACUCCAUGAAGUGGUGUGUGUUUCGAUGCCUCUGCUGAAAGGACACAGUGUCACGUCUCACCCGCUGAAAUUUACACAGUGGUUUUUUCUUAUCUUUUGCUUUUCACUUUAAAUACAUGACAACAUUUGGAGUAGGAUUCGUGUGGGAGAUGAAGACGCGUCGGGACUGAGAGGUUUUUUCUCCGUCCUUGGGGACAUUCGAGGACGCCCAGCUGCGCGCAAAGGGACACGAAUUUAGCGGCUGCAUGGAUUACAACAACAUUUCGAAGACUGUCUUGGACUAACGAGUAGCGAUCACGCACAGUCCAAAAGCGCAGCGCCCUCUCUCCAAUGAAAUAUCUCCCCCCGGGAUCAGCUGCGGAUCGUGUGUGUAAGCGGAUCGUGCUCGGUGAGACCACAGGCGGCAGAAGCCCUCGUCCCGGUGCCGUGGUCUCUUUGUUGACCCCUCUGGACCCACUCCGUCAGGCACAGCGGCUUCCCAUCCGAGCGCUCAGGAUGUUGAGUGCGCACACUGCACACUUGCUGCACCCGGAAUAUUUGCAGCCUUUGACGUCCGCCCCAGUGAGCAUCGAGCUGGAUGCCAAGAAGAGCCCGUUGGCCCUGCUAGCGCAGACCUGUUCUCAGAUUGGUAAACCGGACCCUCCAUCUUCCUCAAAGCUGGGCUCCUCCAGCAGCCAGGGGGACAAGGAGUCCAGCAGUCGGUCGUCCAUCUCCAUCCUGAAGCUCGGGGAGCGCCGUCCCUCUCAAGAGGACAAAUCUAGCUUCAAACCCUACAACAAAGGCGGCGGGGACUGUCGCAGAGACGGAGUCACCAGCAGCAGCGAUAAAGUCGGGUUCAGAGUACCCAGCAAUAAUGCCACCACUAAUGGAAAUUCAACCAGUGGCCAGCAGUCCUAUCCUCCCCACGCUGCCUCACCAAGCUCUAGAACCAACAGCGGCUCCCCAUCUGGACAAGCUCAGCAGCACCAACAGCAGCUUCACAAGCAGAGCCAGUCCCCUGGUGGACAGCCCACGACACACUCCCACACUCCCACUGGUGAGGCUGCACAUGAGCGGGGCAGUCCCACCAGCACGAGCAGCAGCAGCAAUAAUAAUCCUCCCAAAAAAGACACUGAUGUAAACAAGGCCAGCUCAGACAGUCCACACCAUGCGAACUCCAGCCACGUCCGAGCCAGCACAAACUGCAGUAAUGGCAGCUCUGACAGCGGUUCCAACCAUGAGGGAGGCAAGGCAGAGUCAGCCCAGCCAAACCUCAGCUCUGGACAUGUCACACCCAUUUCCCCUUACAAGACAAGCCAGCCACUCUUCCCCCUACCCUCUUCUAAUAUGGGCUACCACGGAUCUGUAGUGGGGGCCUACGCAGGCUACCCAUCUCAGUUUGUUCCUGGGCUGGACCCGACAAAGUCGAGCCUCAGCGUGGGAAGUAUGGGUGUCCCAGGAAAACACCCGAGCUCCAGCCCUCUCACGGGUGCCUCCCCUCCUUCCCUCAUGCAGGGUUUAUGCAGGGACCCCUACUGUCUAAGCUACCCAAGUGUAUCCCACCUGGGCGGAAGCAACUGCAACUCCUGCAUCCACGACCCUUCCUCCACCCUCAAAUCAAGCUACCCGUUGGUGUAUCCCUCCCACCCGCUCCACUCCCUCCACCAAAGCUCCCUGUCAUCCAGUGCGUCCUCUUCCCUCUCCCAUCCCCUCUACACGUAUGGCUUCAUGCUCCACAACGACCCCCUGCCUCACGCCUGUAACUGGGUCUCAGCCGGGGGGCCGUGCGACAAACGUUUCGGCACCUCAGAUGAGCUCCUGGCCCACCUCCGCACACACACGGCCCUGUCGGUAGGAAUGGACAGUAAGAUGCUUUCCGUUUCCUCCUCUGGACCAUCCCCCUGCCACCUUCACCUUCCCCAGCAGAGCAGCCCAGGCUCCAUGCCCGGCUCCCUCUCUCUCCGGGCUCCUCCCGGUCUGGGUUUAGCUCGCUAUCACCCUUACAGUAAGAUGCACCUGCCCCCUGGUCCCCCCUCCAUCUCCCUGCACUCUCUGCCCUCCCCGGGCCCAUACUACCCUCACUACGCUCUCUACAGUCAAAGACUUGGAUCAGCAUCUGCACUGGGAUACCAGUGAUACAGCAGCUGCUCAGAUUUUUAAAGGAAUAAUUUGACCAUUUGGGAAUUAUGCGUAUUUCCUUUCUGGUGGAGAGUUAGGUGAAAAGAUUGCUUCAACUCCAAUUGUUAUCUGUGGGGGGAAAUAAGGCAACAUUUAGCAGCUUCUUAGCUUAGCUUAGCACAGACACUGGAUACAGGGGGAAACUAACUAAAACUAACAUGUUAUACUGUUUCUUUUUGUAAUUGUAAAUACUACAAUUUGUAGUUUUACCACGGACCAGUUUCCAGACAACAAGAUGGGGCUCACAGCCAAGAAAUAUAAUCUGGCGCAUAACUACUCGUAAAACGUCAAAUUACCGUUUUUACCAUUCAGUUUUUGUACAUAAACAAUUAAGAUACGACGUGUUAACAAUUACUUUAAUUUUUGAUUGAUCUGCAUAUUAUCUUGAAUAAUUGAGUAAUCAUUUAGUCUUUAAAGUGAAAAAAAAAAUGCUCCUCACAGUUUCCCAGAGCCUUAGUUCACACAGGACGUGACGCGCAUUUUGGUCUUUUGGACAUUUGUGCUCAUUCACGUCGUUUGCGAAUAAGCACAAAUAUGUACCUAUUCUUGCUUUCACUUUCUCCCACAAAUCGGGGUGCCCACACACAGCGACAAUAAGUAGCCCUCCAUUUCUGAUACGACAGGAAGUCUGACGACAGUGACGUAGGGAAGAUUUCAAUACUAAUUGGCUAUCGAGUCAGGUGGAUAUUUGACGCCAAAUUCGCAUCGUGAUUCGGUUCACCAGUGACAAAAAUUUUGUGUCGAGUCAAAUUGACUUUUUAUUUGUAAUCUACUUGCACAAUUAAUUCACAUUGCGUCGGUGUGAACGCACCUUUAAGCAAAUAUCUUUCAUUUUUUUCAACCAGUGAUCCCAGACUCAAAAGAUUUUUCCUUCACUAUCAUGUGGCUAGAAAAAGAAGAUCAUCUUCACACUUGAGACACAGGAACCAGCAAAUGUUUGGGAUAUUUGUUUGGAAAAUGACUGAACCGAUAAUGGACGACAAAUUGCUGUAGCUUCAGUGUAAAUUAGUACCCAACUGCAGUGAGCCUUUACCUGUGGACAGGGCGAGAUCAGCCAGUUUUUGUACUAAGCUAAGCUCUCUAGCUGCGAGAAGUGCCAGUGGUAUCAGUCUUCACAUUUAAUUCUCUGCCAGAGAGCCAAUGAGUGUAUUUCCCAAGGAUUCAAAGUAUUACCUCAAGUCAGUACUUCAAUGCGGCAGGUUGCUGCUUCUUCUGACAUCAGACUGGAUUUAAGCAAGACUAGGAUGAGAGCGCAAGUCCUGGAUUUUGACUUGAGAGCAUCUUCACACUUUCUUUUAUACAUGAUAUUUGAGGUUUGGUGUUUCUAAAUAGGCUCCACCCCUCCACCAAGAUCAGAGGACACACGUGGCUCUUGCAUGUCUGCACAUUGCUCGGAUAAUUUUGCAACAGACACGACUGCCCUACAGGUGACGUCGGCCUUCCUGUGGGCUCGGCAAAUUGGUGGUUGGAAGCUAUGUGUGUUCACUUGGAUGUUCAGGGUCCUCGCUGCAAAUGAUAAUGAUUUAGUGCAGGAAAAUGUAGUGUGGCAGGGGGGUGGCAAUUAGCUGAUGUUAGUCUGGCCACAGUCGCAGUCUCCCUGCGAGAGAUGCUUGUAAGCCCGACACAGCAUACAGACUUGACUGUUUAUCCAGCCCCAUGGUUUGUGAUGAUUUCUUUUGGUUCCUUAUGUUUUUGGUUUAUUCCUACUGAGAAGUUGUAUUUAUUUAAGACUGGGAAUCUAGCUUUCAUGUUUACCACAAAGAUCUAUUCUCAUCUUACAGUCCUCUAAGCAAACAUGUGGGAGGCCAGAUGACGGGUGUCGAAUAUAUCGUGUCUUAACACUUCUCGAGAAUGAAUGUUGAAAUCACAUCUCUCUCUCUCUCUCUCUCUCUCUCUCUGUCUCUCUGUACUCCUCAGCUUUUUUUGAUUUCCUUAUUUUCACAGUAAAUCAACAAAAAUGAGAUGUGAUAUUUUUUGUAAAAAAAAAGAAAGAAAUCGGGCCCCCUGUGGUGGCCUCCAGUUGAAAGGGGGAGGUCAUAUUUUGUUAAAUAAAUCCCGCUAAAGAUG